AAAUUUACUUUUCUAGAUGUUGGGGUACCUUAUCAAACCUUCAAAAGAAGAGGAUUUGUCUCGUCCUUCAAAACGACUCAAAACUUUCGACAGCAUUGAGAGCUCAUCCGCUGAUAGCCCCGAGAAUUCGCCGGAAGCUUUUGGAUUGAUUGAUCGGCCUACUGCGGUCUCUGACAGUGACGAUGGAAGUAUUGGGAUUUAUUUCCAAGACGAUUUGAAAGAAACGGAACUUGAGAGUGCUUUGCCGCACAUCUCCAAUGACCAGGAAGCCAUUGCGGAAUAUGAACUGAGAAGAACAGCCGAUGAUCGCAACGAAGCUUCCAACUUCGCAGCACGUCUGGAGUCCGGCAAAUGGGCAAGAGGGAAAAGUUCGAUAUAUGUUGAUGCUUUUAACUUAGCUCUGGAAACAGUGCUUGAAGAAGAAGCUCAUCUUUUUGACCGAGCUGAGCUCGCUUUGUUCGAACACUGGCGAAGUCUUGGCUAUGAAGCUCAAUAUCUAUAUGUGAGACUUUUUCUGAGGAAGACUUCGGCAUGGCAUCGAGUGAACGAGAUCAAGUACCACAGUGACAUCGCUGAUCUUCCGGCAGCGGUUGAACAGCUUCAGACUCCCCGCGAUAUUCCUUCUAGUACACAUCUACCAGAUUUCACCUAUGAAGCGGGCGACUCCCAAGAAGCACUGCAGCUUAAGGAGAGUUUUACAUUUGCAGAUGACUCCAACGAGGAGAUUGGAUCGCUGGAAGAGGCAUUAAAUCUUCUCAGGCUGGACGAACUCAAAUCGAUUGCCAAGGACGCAAGGAUCCAGGGGAAGAAUAAAGCGGAGCUUAUUGCGGCGCUGCAGCGUAACAGCCAGAACCAAAAGCCUCCGCCGAAUGGUGUCACGGCAGACACACCCGCGAUCAGGCGAUCAAAGGAAACCCGAGAUGGGCACUUUCUUGGAAAAAUCAUGGAGAUCACUGGGCCAUGUAUUCGACUCUCAUUGCCUGCGCUUCAGCUCUUCGAAAGAGUGCAUUUAGUAUUCUAUCGUUCCACUGAAUGGACAGAGAAGUCCUUGAUUACUGUCAUCCUUGCAAAGAUAUCCCGCCGGACGUUUCCGGAAUACUUGGUGUCGCGCUCGCUCAACAUAUUUACGUCUCGGUCUGCCCUCCUUGAGUUCGAGGCGUCCAUUCGAACACAGCAUUAUGUCGAUUCCAUCCUGGAGUUUGGCGGGACACCAAGAAAGGAUGACCUGCAGAGAGUUCUUGAUGUCUUUGACAAAAUAUAUCCUCGAUGGAAUGCACUACUUCGGGACGAAGAAUAUAAAGAUCGAUCUCAAUAUGAUCUGGGUGAGGGAGCUUAUCUUCGCCGUUUCUCUCCGGCGUGGGUUUAUACCAGGAUAGUGCACAAGGGUGCCCAUGUCCUGGGAAGACUAAAAUAUCACAAACGGGAGCAUUCAGUAUUGACCGAAUUAUUGAAUCAGAGACUUUUUCACCUGGCUAGAAGAGGUGAUUGGUAUAUCAGAAAGGCUCUCCUCGAAGAACAUUAUAUGGCGGCAAUUGAACCCGAUCAAGGACGGAACCCGGAAGCGCAAAAAAAGCACUGGAAAAGAAUAGCAUUACAGACUUGCGAAGAAGGACUGCAAGACAGAGACUGUCACAUCAUCUAUCAUUACGAUCUCCAGAAACGAAUCAUGAAAUUAGAGAAGAGCUUGAAAGUUGCUAAACGAGAACAACACGAUUUCAGCCAUGUCAGACUUAUCAAACCGAAAGAACGGGUAGUCGAGGGCAUUAGAAUCGAGAAGGAUGAGGUUCUAAAUCGAAGAACUAGUGAGACUGGAAAGGGCGGGAAAACUGUAUGGAUCGACGAAUACGAAAAUGGGGGUUUUUGCUCGGUUGAAGAAAUGUGCCUCAGCUGGUAUCGGACCCAGGGUUGGAAGGGAUAUCAUUCGGAAGGUGGCGUCAUUCGUACUUUGUUCGGCUAUCUCUUUUUCGAAAUUCUCUUCCUUUAUAUCCCGAACGUCUUUCAAACAGCAUAUCAGACUUGUCCGCUAGACCUCCAUACCGACGCAUUUUUUCCGACGCGAAUGUCUGAAAUCAAUCAUCGAUUGAUGGAAAUCGCCAACGGAGAAUCGGAAAGAAUCAUUAAGGCAGUGCACGCCAAGCAUUGCGAGAAGAAGACAUGUGUUGUUGGGUUAGACUGGGCUUUUGCUUUGGACGAUCUUGUUGAAAUUGCGAAAUGUUUUGAAGGCGAAGCCCUUGCGACAAUAUGCAAAGUGAUGGCGCAAGACUACCAGAAACGAGGCGGCGGGGUUCCAGACCUUUUUCUUUGGCACCCUGUGGAGAAGAAGGUCAUGUUCUCCGAGGUGAAGUCGGAGAAUGACCGCCUGAGUGAUACACAACGGCUUUGGAUUCAUGUCUUGACCGGUGCAGGCGUGGAGGUAGAAUUGUGCAACGCUGUCGCAAAGGAACUUCGCCACGUCUAG